AUGGCCGCCGGCUGCCCCUCUGCCGUCCCGGCGCCGGGCGGCCGCACCCGCCGGCGCUCCCUCUCCCGCUACCGGCUGCUCACGGCAAGGAAACUGGUGCGCCGCCGCUCCAGAGAGGCGGCCCCGCACCCCACCGGUCACCGUGCCGCCGUCUCGCCACGGCCGCUGUCCGCCAGGAAACUGGUCAGCACGCGUCACAAGCUGGUGCGUGUGGUCAGUACUCCGCGCACGCAGCAGCUCGUCGGCAGACACACAGCUAAUGGAGCAGGUACUCGCUCGUGGUCGCCCUCUGUGCCGUCCGGCCGUCCGGCCGUCUCCAGCCGAUACCGCCUGGUCCGCUCCACACCAGCGGCGGCGGCGGCGAUGGCAGUCAGGCCGGUCCUGUCCCAGCACCGCACGUGGAGGAGGAAGAUACUGAAUGUGCCGACCCUACUCUGCAGGAGUGCCGGCAGUCUCCGUCUGGGCUCCACACGGUUCGUUAACAUCGGAGGCCUUCUCUACAAAACUACGGCGAGAAAACUGCAGCGUGCCGUGCCGAAGUCGACGCAGAAGAACGGGGCUGCUGCCACAGGAUCGUCCGCCCGCUCCCCGGGUUGGAUCAGUGUCCGCGGCGCCCGGUUCCGUGUCGAGGCCGGCGGCCGCAGCCUCCGCCGCGUGGACCGCGGUACGCCGGCGCCCCCGCGACUGGAUAUCGGGGGUGUGACCUUCCGACCGGCGGCAGACGGCACACUGACGGCGGACAGUCGCCGCCAGACGAGUCGCACGGUCAUCAGCCGCGCCAAGUCGCGCAGUCUGGCGGUGCUGCGCGGCCCGCUGCGCCUCAGUCGCCAGCCGUGCCGCUUCUUCUGCCGCCUGGGCCGGUGUCGGCGUUACGAGCGCGACCAGUGUCCUCACGUGCACGACCCGGCUCUGCGACCCGUGUGCACCCGUCACCUACAGGAGGGCGGCUGCCGGCGGCCCGGCUGCGCCUACAACCACGCGCCGCGGCCGGAGAAGGUGCCGCACUGUCUACACUUCCUGACGUCCGAGUGUCGCAGGGAGAACUGUCCGUAUCAGCAUGUUAAUGUGGAUGCUGACGCGCCGCUCUGCACCAAGUUUCUGGCCGGUUUCUGCGCCCGAGGACAGCUGUGCACCGACAAGCACCUGUACAUCUGCCCCGAGUUCGGUGAGAAGGGCGAGUGUCCGCGCGGCACCUCCUGUCCGCUAGCACACCGCGCGCGUCGUCACCGGCGACGGAGUCAGUCCGCUAGUACCGCACCCGCCCGGCCGCUGCCCGAGACCACGCCGGUGGCGCCGCCACGCGGCCGCGGCCGGUACUACCUGGGCGACCGGCCGCAGCCGUCAGCGGCAGAGAGCGACUCGGAGACAGAGGAGGAAGAGGAGGUAGAGGGAGAGAGGAGGCCUCGGCCGCCCAUGGCCGAAAUGCCCUCGUUUAUCGCCAUCGCAGAUAGCAGUGACGAGGAGUAGUGAGGGAGUUACUCCCCCGGUGAGGGCGUUACUCCCCAAGUGAGGGGAGUUACUCCCUUAUGUCCGUUCCCCAGUGGCAAACUGGUGUCGAAGCUGGACGAAUAUCACGGAAGAUCCCUAGUAGUAACUAAAUAGCUUAGCGAACUAGCUAGUACGUGGCAUAACAUGCCUCUGAAAACCUAGGUAGUCUUGGGUCUUGGACCAACGACAUGGACGCAAACUAGAGUAGUUAAGUUUAUAGUGAAAGACCCAUGAGUCGGGAGCCUUGGAGGUGUGCGCAGACCUCAAGUAGUUUGUGCGAUAUGUUUAGUACAAUGCAUGCUAAAUCCUUGGUGCUAUUGUUUAGAAUUUGACCCGGUGCCGAUGUGUCCAAGGCUCGAAGUACAACGUGUGACUCUGUGCGGCUGCUUUGGGUGACGUGUGUUUGUGUGUGUGUGUGGGGGGGGGGGCUUCAGAUGUGAUUUGUGUAGUGUGAUCUGUAUUAUUGUAUAUCAAUACAAUUUUCAUACGACCGAGAA